AUGACGCCAGCUCUGAACUUGACGGAAAUCCCGAACCCACUAACGCCGAUGGCGCUUCUGCCCCCCAUUAUUGCCUACCAGACGACAAUUGGCAGUUAUCUCUUGGUGGGGACAUUAGGAGCGUAUAUCUGGGACAUCUUGAUCCACAUUGGGGACGACUACCUGCUUGUUACAAGAUUGUGGUCAUUGCUGUUCAUUCUUUCGAGCGCUAUGUUCGAAACCUUCCCGUUAAAGCGCUGCGCAGUGGCACAAACGCUCGUGGAGGCUUGCUUCUCAAUAGCAGUUCCGUCAACCUGCUUACUUUUCUUCCUCCGAGCAAGGGCCAUCUACAACCGAGAUCGCUACUUGAACCUAUUCUUCUUAUGCCUCUGGCUCAGCGUUGCCGGUACCGCAGCCACCGUCCCCACAGCCAUCACAGCCAUCAAUAUUGGCCCGACUCCAUACUGUUUAAACGUCGGGGUCAAGCCAUACGCUGGAGGGAUCGGAAUCACCCCACUUCUCCAUGACACGAUAAUUUUCCUGGCGAUAUCGUGGCGUCUCUACAAGAACUCUUACACGGAGCAAAGCUUCAGCGGGAACAUACGAUCGUUCAUUACUGGCGACUCUCUGCCCCACUUCUCGAGAGCUGUGCUGAAAGACGGCCAGCUCUACUAUCUCAUCACGGUGACCGCAAACGCCGUCACUGUGGCGAUGUUUUACAACAAGGCCGUCGCACCGACUUACCGCGUCAUGUUUACAGUCUGCAACCUCAUGCUGACCAACGCUAUGGGAUGUCGUGUUUUUCGCAACACCAAAUUCGGCUACCAUCAGCGGAUUACCACGACUGCCGAUAUCUUGUCUGGCCAGUCGUUGUCUAUCCCUCUGUCCGCUAUUACUGGAGCCGCGUCUCGCAGCGGGAGCGGGCUCCCCCAUAGUAACAUCCACGUGAACGUGGAUGUCAGCAAGAUUGAGACCGUUGAUGAUCUGUUGAGGACACCAGACAAGAGUCACCAGAGUCAUGCUUAA